AUGGUGGCGAUUUAUUUAUUGGAGAGUAGUUAUGGUGUAUGGAUACAAGAGGAUCCUCCUGGGCCUGGGGUAGACAGUGAACAGCAGUUGUUAGAAGCAUCCAAGUCUGGAGACAUUGAAUGUGUACGACGAGUUCUGGUUUCACAGCCUCACCUGGUAAAUGUGCGUGACCUUGAUGGACGUCACUCCACACCUUUGCAUUUUGCUGCUGGUUACAACAGAGUUCCCAUAGUUGAAUACUUACUUCAGCAUGGUGCAGAUGUUCAUGCAAAAGAUAAAGGAGGGUUGGUUCCUCUUCAUAAUGCUUGUUCAUACGGUCAUUAUGAAGUCACGGAAUUGCUUGUACGCCAUGGAGCAAGUGUGAACGUAGCUGAUCUCUGGAAGUUCACACCACUGCACGAAGCAGCUGCCAAAGGGAAGUAUGAUAUUGUCAAAUUGCUUUUGAAGAAUGGAGCAGAUGUGAAUAGGAAGAAUAGGGAUGGUCACACAGCAUUAGAUUUAGUAAAAGAGAGUGACCAAGAUGUUGCGGAUCUACUCCGUGGUGAUGCAGCUUUGCUGGAUGCAGCCAAGAAGGGCAAUCUUGCACGUGUUCAGAAGCUACUCAAUCCUGAAAAUAUCAAUUGCCGAGACUCUCAGGGCCGGAACUCCACACCACUUCAUUUAGCAGCUGGCUAUAAUAAUCUCGAGGUUGCAGAAUAUCUGCUGGAAAAUGGAGCGGAUGUCAAUGCUCAGGAUAAGGGUGGUCUCAUUCCCCUCCAUAACGCAUCAUCUUAUGGUCAUCUAGAUAUUGCUGCAUUGCUCAUCAGAUUCCAGACGGCUGUUAAUGCCACUGAUAGAUGGGGUUUUACCCCUCUCCACGAAGCAGCACAAAAAGGCCGAACCCAAUUGUGUGCCCUCCUACUUGCUCAUGGUGCUGAUCCUUACCUAAAAAAUCAAGAAGGUCAAACUCCACUCCAUCUUGCAACUGCUGAGGAUGUGCGUAGUCUUCUGCAAGAUGCUAUGAUGAGCCAACCUAGUCUAGCACCGGCUGGAGGAGCGACUCCCACUCACGUUUCUCCUGCAUCCCCUAAGCCUCCUGGCACACCGUCUAAGUCAGUUUCACAGUCUACAGUAUCUCCAGCACCUUCACUCAUUUCCAUUAACAACAUUGGUGCCGAAGGUGAGUCAUUUGUUUUUUGUCUAAAUCUUGAGCGAGUUCUUUUUGAGUUAACCAAAAGUACAGUAAUGUUUUGUUUGUAAUUGUACUCUUGCAAA